AUGCAUUCACAGUAUAAGAGUGUUUCUCAGAAUGACCACCAAGACGAAAUAGAGAAAGGAGAUGGUGAAGAUGAUGAAGAAGACAGUGAAGAUGAUGAUAGUGAUGACGAAAUACUCGCUGUUUUUGGAAGUGACUCUGAAGAUGAAGAUUCUCAUGAAGAAAGUGGUAAAGACGAGUCUGAUGAUAUGAAUGUGCAUCAGGGCGAAAUUCGCGGUAUGGUUGGAAAGAACAUGCUUAAAACACAGCUUCAGACAGGUAUGAUGGGAAAACCUUCCAUUACCGCCUGCGCAAAGGACAGUGGAGCAAUGAGUUUCAGUCUAUCUCAAGGAGACGUUGGUAGAGGUGAUUCAAAUACGACACUGGCAUCCCUUGACCCCCGGGGGGUACUCGAUAUAUUCCUGGGUGGGGAGGUGCGGCGUGGCUCCUCAUACCAUGACUCUGUUUAA